GCCUAAUCUGCCGAAACACCACCAUAUUAUGCGAUGGGCGAUAGGUUUGCGCAGGCGCUUGAGCCUCACAACGGUGGUUGGUUGACCUCUGCUCACCUGUUGAUAUGCCAGUAUUUUUUUUUUUUUUUUUUACGUAACGCGGACUUGUUAUUCUUUUAAUAAUCGAUUUUUGUGGCCAAAAUAACAAGUGUGAACUUAUUAUUUCUUAUCUUUUAACGUAAGAGCCUAAGAGUGACGUCAAUGUUGACAACCCGGUGAAUUCAAGAUGGCGCAGAGAACGACGGGUGCUGAAUGCUCGGGACUGAGGAGAACGAGGAGUGGGGUCAGACGGGGCUCGGCUGCACAGCACAAGGAAGAACAGAUUCGAGCUGUGAAGGAAAUCUUGCUAGGGACCCUGCAGAGCUACGAACCGCUCGUCACACACCUGCAGGCCGUACUGGUUUGGGAAAGGCCUCGGCACAGCGCACUGCUCCACCUCAGUCUCAACGCUGCGUUCUGGUUCUUUGCUUUGACAUCACUCAGAAUUGUGUUUUUGACAGCGUUUGGUCUGAUGAUCAUCAUCUGUGUGGAUCAAUGGAAGAACAGAAUCUGGCCUAAAUUGGGAGGGCGCAAUCAAGCGUCAAGCCAGGAGCAGCAAAACGCCACACAAGCCCCACCCCCGCGGGAUGUGGAGGAAGUUGAAACUGCCACCACAUCAGCUGCAAGAUCCAACGAGCUGGACAACGACAGCUGGGGUUAUGUGCAUCCGAAGUUGCUUAGCGUUCCUGAGUUAUGUCAUCAUGCAGCUGAAAUCUGGGUCAGUCUAACAAUUUUCAGAAGGAACCUCCUGCUUUUUAAGGCUGAAAAUCCAGGAAAGUUCUGUCUCUUGGUCUGUGGAUUCCUAACCUUCCUGGCUGUCCUGGGUGGAUACAUUCCUGGUAUUUUACUCUCCUAUUUGCUGUUUCUUUGUAUUUUGCUCUGGCCUCUGGCAUUAUUUCACCAUAUCGGACAGCGUGUGUACCAGAGACUGGAGCCAACCCUGCAGCGGUUAGACUUUAGUGUUCGUGGAUACAUGAUGUCUAAGCAGAAUGAGAGACUGUUGCAUGGUCGUGCUCUUCCUCCCAGUGAUGAAAGCGAUAGUGAAGAAGAGCUGGCUGCAUUUUGUCCUAUGCUGGAUGACUCUGCUGUUGCAAAAGAACUUGCUAUAUCUGACUCUGAGCAUUCGGACGCAGAUGUUUCCUGCACAGAAAAUGGGACCUUUAAUUUAUCCAGGGGCCAGACCCCUCUAACAGAAGGAUCAGAAGAUCUGGACCGCCACAGUGAUCCAGAAGAAUCUUUUGCUCGAGAUCUCCCUGAUUUUCCUUCCAUCAAUCCAGAGACAAUGGGAAUAGAUGAUGAAGAUGAUACCAGCAUUGGGCUACCUCUUUCAGCCAGUCAUCGUCAUGUGUGCUCUGACCAGCUGUAUGAUGAGCAGGAGUCAUCAGAGUCUGAAAUACCACUUGCUUUUGCUGCUCAGCAAAUCAAAGACAACCUUACCAACCUAGUCACAAAAGGGAUGAUACAAAUGGCAUUGGCAGGAGUCACCCAGCAAGCCUCUGGCUUUUUGGAAAACACAAACCCCAAAACAUAUCGGAGAAACUCGAGCUCUGAAAUGGACACUGAUGCAGAAGCUGAUGACUUUGAGUUGCUGGACCAAUCUGAGCUAAACCAGAUGGAUCCAACCAAUCUGCGUGGCCAACAGUAAUUUACUAGGAAGGUGCCAGCCUCUUGUGAACAUUAACAUUUCUCAUUGUAAACCUGUAUCUGUAUGAGGUUUUCGUUUCUUAAUGCAGGUUUGCCAGCCUGCUACUUUACCACAGUGAAGUGUGAACCAGAACCAAUAGAUUAGUCAGUCUAAAAUGAAAGCUGCAGUGUUUUAUAUCUGAAAUUCCUGCUGGAUGUUGGACUGUGCAAUUGGUUUAAUUUUUCUCAUAAAUGUCCUAUCUUAGGCUAGAGAACGCCUAUAUUUGUUA